GGGGGUGGGGAGUGUGAUUGGAAAUAUAAUCAGCUCGCAUUUCACAGCAGCCAAGCUGCGGGAUAAGUCGCAUCAGUGCGGCCUGGCUGGGAGCUAGACUCGAUACCUGGCUGGGAGCAUGUUGCGGACAGUAAACUUGCUGCUGACCCCCCUGCUGCUGCUGCUGGCGGCGGCGGCGGAGGACAAGGAGAGUCCGGAGAAAGGGGGCAAGAAGGGGAAUUUCUUGGAGGAUGAGGAAUGGCUGGCAAGUGUCUCCCCGUACAGCACGCAGAUCAGAAACUGGAACCGAUUCCGAGACGAAGUGGAGGAUGAUUACAUCCGGACAUGGGAUCAGCAUCAGGCCUUCGAUGAGGCAUUGGAUCCCACCAAGGAACCCGUUCAGAAGGUGAAGUGCAGUCGACACAAGGUGUGCAUCUCCCAGGCCAGAGGAAGGCCAUGUGCAUCAGCCGCAAGAGCUACAACACAGGUCAGUCAUUCAUGCUCUGACCUACAUAACUCCGUCCAACCUCUGCUUCAGCAGCUCACCAUCUAA